GUCUGGGUCUCUCUCAUGGUGUUUAACUGUCUGAUGCUGGUGGUUGGCGUGGUCCUCAACAGUCUGGCUCUCUACAUCUUCUGCGGGGCCUCCACCCACCCAUCAGCCUCCGUGGUUUACACCAUUAACCUGGCUGUAGCUGACCUGCUGGUGGCGUUGUCACUGCCUGCCCGCAUCGCCUUAUACCACAGUGGAGGGAGCUGCGUGGCCUGCUCCUACGUUCACACCUUCAGCUACUUUGUCAACAUGUACUGUAGCAUACUGUUCCUGACCAGUAUCUGUAUAGACCGGUACAUGGCUGUCGUCCAUGCAUCCAGUACUCUCCAUAGAUGGAGGACUGCAGGGGCAGCCAAGUGUGUCAGUGCCAUGGUGUGGCUAAUUGCAGUUGUUGUAACCUACUCUUUCCAGACCACAGCGUUGGAGUUCAGUUCUUCCUGCGUUCUCCUCCCUGCCCUCUUUUACCUCACCAUCCUGGAGUUCCUGCUCCCCCUGCUGGCCGUGGUGGGUUUCACCCUGCGCGUCGCCUGCUUUCUCUCCUCCAGCCACGGCCUGGUGCCCCAGCAGAGCAGGGCGAGGAGGGCUCGUGCCGUCCGGCUGCUGGCCACUGUCUUGGUGGUCUUCACGAUCUGUUUUACGCCGUUCCACAUCCGGCAGGUGUUGGUUUACUUCCGGGUCAAAGUUGGAGAGGAGGGGCUAGGGCAGGGGGCGGGGCACGUGCUAGCCUAUCACAUCACAGUGACCCUGAGCAGCCUGAACAGCUGCCUGGAUCCAGUGGUUUACUGCUUCGUGACGGACAGCUUCAAGCGGGUGUGGAGGACGAGGAGGAUGGGAGCAAGGGAGGGGGACGGGGAGGUGGGGCAUACAAGUGGAGGGGAUGUGGAGAGGAAUUCAAUUAACAAAUAUUCAGGAACAGCACUGGCGAUAGCUCACAGCUUGGCCACAUUCACCCUCACCAAUGCGCUCACCUCUGCAGCUGACACAGAGCAGACUGCUUAGACAGGUGACCCCCACUCGGCACCAGAGGAUGAAGCAGAACAGACAGAAGGACAGAAAGACUCACACAGAGUGAUG